AUGAGUGAGGCAGCUUCCGAGGAACAAGAACAUAUUUCUCCGGAGCAUGUUAGUCGAUUUGAUGAAGGUGAUACAAAGAAUAACAAGACAAAAGAGCUUGAGGUGUUGAGCAGUCCACUGGACCAUGAGGAAGCAGAUAUAGUGGAAUGUAUCUCCGCAAAAUCUAGCAGAACGACAUUGUCUGAUGGAAGAUUCAACGAUAAAACACGAUCCUUCGAUGAAGAAAGCACUUCAUCUAAUUCACAGUCGGCAAAACCAGAUCCAAAGGCAGCACCAAGACGCUGUGUUGCUGAAACUGAAAAUGGUAGUGAGUGUAGAGAAGUUGCUAUUGACUGCUUGUCAACUGAAAGCGAUGGUUCACUUCUACACAAAGACGAGCUAGAAAAGAAAGCAACAGCAGUUUAUGACACCAAACCGGCUAAGAAAGAUGCUCUUCGAGCACUGGAUGAUAACGUUUCGCAGCUCAAGUCACUAGCCGCAUUAACUAGUAAGGAGGACAAAGACGACUGGGGUAAUCCCACUGAACAAAGAGCUGAAGCUUUAGAGUCUCUUUUGGAGGUUUGUGCGCGACUACUUAAGCAGGAAAAAAUCGAUGAGCUUGCUGGUGUGCAGAAACCAUUCAAGGAUAAUGGAAUGUCGUCUAGAGAAACAGCAAUCUGGUUGACAAAAAGUCUCAUGACUACACAAAAGUUGUCCAAGGGGUUGUGA